ACAGAGCCUUAUCAAAAGCCUCUGUUGCUUUCUCCUGCCCCGAUGCAAAAAAUGCUGAAUUUUGUAUUUUUGCUGUUGAUCUGUCUCGUGAACCUGCAACCCUCCUCUUGUCAAGAAGAUAGAAGGAAUGCUAUCAUUUCCGCCAUGGAGAAGGCAGUUAUGUUCCUGGCUGAAAACCACGACAACAUUAACAUAGAUGCACUAUUGGGAUUCAUUAUCUUGGAAGCAUGUUUGAACACGGUAGUGGAGGUAUGGGAAAACAGGGCGGAAUUAACCAUCGAGCGGCAGAGAGUCAUGGCGGUGAGGGAGAAGCUGUUGACCUUCAUGGAGGAGGCAGCCCAAAACAUUGAAAGACAAGAUCCGGUAUCCCACAAAGAGUUUGCUCCAGCUUUAAAACCAGGAUUUUGGAAGGUCCCUCAGAAAUGGAAAAAGAUUAAGGAGUCUAGGCCUUACUCCCUAACAAGUGGCAACUGUCUGGAUUUAAUAACCAGUGAUUUUUGCAUCUCGAUUCUGCUAGAAACAAAGGAUGACUCUGAUGUGUGCCAGAUUGCAGACAAUUGCACCAAUCUCAUGAUCAACACUCACUGCGAUGGUUAUUCGCUGUCCCACCAACUCUUUUACUUUCUAUUUGCCAGGAUGAAAUCAUGCUCUAAUUCGCUCUUCCAAAAUGCCGGGUACUAUGAAAACAUGUUGUGUGAUUUGAUGAUGCAAACUAAUCGCAAUCUCGAAAAGAAGAAACUCAUCCACAAUUUUGCAGACCUCUUUACAGAGAACAUUAUGUUUUGCGGUCUAGCUGGAUUCUCAGAUUUCUUCCAGACUUCCUGGCUUGACCACAUUCUCAGCUGGCAGAAAAAGGACAAAGGAUGUUUCUGGAUGUACACUUCUUCCAAUGAUGGGGGCCACAUGAGAAGAAGGACUAAGAGAUCAGAGAAAAUUAUUGAAGGUGUCUGCUCUUCCCAUAACACUGCUGUGGCUGUUGGAGCCCUUGGGGGCUUCCUCCUCUACUGAUGAUGAUCCAUCUUUAUCACAGUCUAAACCCAGCUUUCUCUGGGCAACUUUCCUAAAGCAAAUGUUUGACUUCAUCUGAAAACAAGAUCCGUUUCUUUUCUUUUUUUUUUAAAGGAACCAAUAUCUCCCCCCACCUGGUUGUCUUCUAGAUUUGGGGUCUCCAACCUUGGCAACUUUAAGACUGGCUGAGGAAUUCUGGGAGUUGAAGUCCACAAGUCUUAAAGUUGCCAAGGUUGGAGACCCCUGUUUCUAGAUGUACAUCUUGAGAUCUGGCUUGGAUCUCUAGAAAGCUACAGGAGACAACUUUUCGGUUUUAAAAGGCCUUGCUCCUAGCAACACUUUUAGGUGGAUCCCAGGUAUGAAAUUCAAAAUUAAAUUCACUUCAACACAUCAUCCCGGCAAAUCCUCUUAUUGAUAGAUUUGGACACGGAGGAAUAAGGAGGAGGAAAGGAAAAGAAAAGGAUUUCAAGGUUUUCUUACUGUAGUUUAGGUCAAUAAAGUAGAUUUCCAGCAUUAUUUGUGGGUUUUAUUUCUUGCCUUCCAGGACAUGUUUUCUAUGUUUCCCUCUUAUGCUCCUGGGAGUUAAAGCAGAGUCAGUUUAAGAUACUUUCUGACGUUUUCUUCAAUACCUCGACUACACAAGUUUUUGUAUCUGACCCCACAUAGUUUCUCCAAGGUAAUGGAGAUGCAUCCGGAGGCUCCAGUGAGCCAGGCUAAGAUUCGAUAUUGGGAUAAAACUCAAAUAUUAGAAAUCCAAAUCUUUGGUCAAGACAGAAGUGCCUCUCCCGUGCCAAGGUGCUGAGAUGACAAACGGUAUUUGACGUAGGUACAGAAUUGUAAAAGGGCAAACUGACCCUAACCAGAUACAUUCUGUUGUUUAAUGUUUAUUGUACCCCAAAUGUCAUGUAGAUUUCAGAGAGAAAAUACUGUUUCCCUUACUGUCCUCUUUACUGCUUGUGAGGCAUCUUCUAGCCUCUUAUCUCCUUUUGUUAUGUCUUGAGCUCCGGAGCUGAAAACCUGAGCCUGUGGGAACAGGGCUGUUAUGUCUUUCCUAGAGAUAGAUUAAAGGGUAGCUUCUACGUGUGAAAUGCAUCACUCUCUGUAAUACUUUUGCCUUUAAACUGUAUAAAUACAUGGCCAGAAGAAGCCAUCAGCGUUCAGACCCUUAGCUGUCUUUGGACUGUUUGAACCUUGCACAAAUAAACUCUUUCCUGCAUUGAA